CGUCCGUACCCACCGUACUGUCCAACUGCUAGAAAUGGCCGAAGCCUCUUUACGGCCCUGCCGGUAUUUUUGUCACCGGUGUUCAGAAGAGAUCGCUCCACGUUUACCGGACUACACAUGUCCACAUUGUGAGUCUGGGUUUAUUGAGGAAUUGCCUGAAGAAAGAAGCUCUGAAAAUGGGUCUGCGUCUACUUCUUCUGCCAAUGACCAGAAUCGCCCCACCUUCGAAAACAUGGACCACCAUCACUUAUUCACAUUUCCCUCUGGGUACGGUCCAUUUGCCCUCGGGAUUUUUGAUGAAAACUUUGACCUUCGAACUAGGUUAAACCCAGAGGAUAACCGAGAGGCAGAAAACAGGAGAGAAAGGGAGAUGGGAUCACGGCAACGAUACAGUGCAAGGCAACCACGGGGUCGACAUCUGCCUCGACGACAGGGUACGCGCCAUGAUGGAGUGCCCACAUUAGAGGGAAUCAUCCAGCAGCUUGUAAAUGGAUUUGUAGCGCCUACAGCCAUGCCAAACAUUGGAAUGGGACCAUGGGGUAUGCUACAUUCCAAUCCAAUGGACUACGCAUGGGGGGCCAAUGGGCUGGAUGCCAUCAUUACACAAUUAUUGACCCAGUUUGAAAACACCGGCCCCCCUCCUGCUGACAGAGAAAGAAUAAAGAGUUUACCAACCAUUUCCAUCACACAGGAACACGUCGGUGCUGGUUUAGAGUGUCCUGUGUGCAAAGAGGACUACAGUGUUGAUGAGAGCGUUAGGCAGCUACCAUGCAAUCAUUUGUUUCACAAUGACUGUAUAGUACCAUGGCUGGAGCAG